CGCAAAGAUCUUAAGAUCAUUAUUAUAAGUAUAUAGUUUUGACAAGGCACACCCCACAAAAGUAAGUAAUUAAUAAUAGGUCAUGGCCAACACCGGCGAACAAGUUGAUAGAGUGAGUGAGGACAUAGAAAAUGCAAGCAAGCGUUUGUUCAAACUUUGCAUGAAAGGUGAAUGGGGCAAAGUAGUUGAGACGUACAAUAAGGACAAGAAGGUUCACACGGCCAAAAUAACGAGGACAGGUGACACUGCACUGCACAUAGCGGUCAUCGACGGCCAAUACGACGUCGUGCGACAACUGGUGAGACUGAUUCCCGAGGAGGCUCUGAGGAUUCAGAACGAGAGAAAGAACACGGCCUUGCAUUUGGCGGCAUCAAUGGGGAGCGUGGGAAUGUGUGAGUGCAUUGCUUCCUCGGAGCCUUCCUUGUUGAAUAUGCGCAACCUUGAUGGCGAGACCCCUCUCUUUCUCGCUGCUCUUCAUGGCAGAAAACAUGUCUUCCUUUGCCUUCACCAUCGCUCUAAUAACACUCAUACUAAGGAUCCCAAUUACUAUUCAAACUGUAGAAGAAAUGACGGUGACACCAUUCUUCAUUCUGCCAUUGCCGGUGAUUAUUUUGAUUUGGCAUUCCAAAUAAUUGAUUUGUACGGGGAUCUUGUAAACUCGGUGAACGAGGAUGGCUUGACUCCUCUUCAUCUCCUGGCAAAUAAGCCUUCUGUUUUCAAGAGUGGUGGCCGAUUGGGACGAUUUGAAGCACUUGUUUAUUAUGCUAUAAUCGUCAACGAGCUCAAAGUAGCACCCAGUUGUCAGCAACAAUGUCCAACAACCGACAAAGAAAAAAACAGUUAUCCGAAAAAUUACCAGACAUGUAUGGAGUUUUUGAGGAUGACAAAAAUAUUCACCUUAGUUGUGAUCAAGCCCUUUACACAAUUUCUACAGAAAAAGUUACCACCAAAGGAUCAAACUGUUACUGAAGGAGUCGACCUUGAAGCAUCGAAAAAGGUUGCUACAAAUAAUGGCGCUGUAACAGAAGCUUCAGGAUCUGAAACCAGCGAUAGGUCACGUCCAUUAUAUCCAACCAAUUACAACAGCUGUGUGGAUCUCUUCAAGUUUGUAUUUGUGGUAAUGUCGGUAAUCUUUGGAGCAGGGUCAGCCAACAUAAACAAGAUACGUCGGAAGAAGGAAAAGCACGUGUGGUCUGCCCAAAUAAUGGAUGAACUUCUGAAGCGAGCUUCCAUGUAUGAGUAUGAUGACGAUGGCAACAAACCCCUGCAAAACUUGGGGGAUAAAGAUCAACAGACAGACCCUUAUAGUUUUGAUGGUGGGGGUAAUGUUACUUUGGCCGAUAUCACCGAAGAGCAGCAACAUUUGACCAUCAAAGGAGAGCCCAAGCAACAAAAGAUUGGAGGUAAAAAAGAUGAAAACCCACUAGGAUCGAGCCUCAAUCUUUAUUGUUGUCAUUGUACAUCAAAAAAAGAUGAGAAAAAUGAAAAGAUAAGCACCAAAGAAAAGAAGGUGUUGGAGACACCGAUAUUAAUAGCUGCAAAGAACGGUGUGACAGAAAUGGUAGCGAAAAUCAUGGACUCGUUUCCAGUAGCUGUUCAUGAUAUGGAUGCCAAGAAGAAAAAUAUAGUGCUAUUGGCAGUAGAGAACAGACAAACCUAUUUAUAUAACUUCUUGCUCAGCAAGAAAAAUCUAAAGGAAAGUAAUAUAUUCGAAAAAGUGGAUAACGAGGGAAACAGUGCAUUGCACUUGGCAGCCAAACUUGGAGACUAUAAGCCUUGGCUCAUUCCUGGCGAAGCUCUUCAAAUGCAUUGGGAAAUCAAGUGGUACCUAUUUGUUAAGGGAUCGAUGCAACCUCAUUUCUUUAGUCACUACAACAAUGAAAACAAGACACCAAGAGAUAUCUUCAGUGAAACUCACAAGGACCUCGUCAGGAGUGGUGGAGAAUGGCUGAAAAAAACUGCUGAAUCUUGCUCCUUGGUAGCAGCACUCAUAGCCGCUGUAGCCUUUUCCACAUCCACCAACGUCCCCGGCGACUUCAAAGAUGACACCGGCUCCCCAACCCUUGAAGAAAGGCCAGAAUUCAAAGCCUUUGCCAUCGCAUCUCUCAUUGCUCUUUGCUGCUCUGUCACCUCACUGGUGCUGUUCCUCUCAAUACUCACAUCUCGGUAUCAAGAGCGUGAUUUUGGUAAAAAUCUUCCCAGGAAGCUGAUCCUAGGUUUGACAUCAUUGUUCAUGUCCAUUACCUCCAUGAUGGUUUGUUUCUGUGCUGGCCAUUUCUUUGUGCUAAAGGACAAACUCAAAUCUGUUGCCUUUCCUGUAUAUGCCGUGACAUGUCUUCCAGUCACACUUUUUGCCUUGGCUCAGUUUCCACUCUACAUCGAUCUCACAUGGGCUACUUUUAAGAAAGUGCCACAGCGUGGCUACAAAACCUCUCUAACAUAGUUGUGGGACCAGCAUUUUACUUGUAGAGCUUAAAACUCUGCUGCGUUUGUAAUCUAAUUUUCCGUAUUUGAAGCUUAGUCUAGACCUUGAAUCCAGAGACUGCGUAUCAACGGUGGGUAAUUCAGUAUUUGUUUAAGUAACGUUAAGUGUUUCUUAUGGUGCUUUUUUAUCGGAUCAAUGUUAAUUGUUAAUUUGUUAUUUUCUUUUGUUAGCAGAAGAGAAUGUAACCAACGAUUUUUUUCU